AUGCUAGACGAAAUAAAGAAAUCCGUUUCCGCCAGUGGCGCAAGACCGCUCGCUGCGGAUGACGAUGCUCCCGUCCCCGAAGCUGGGGAUAUGGAGUUGCUGGCAACCCUGGGAUACAAACAAGAGCUGCGCCGCCACUACUCUACCGUGCAGAUUUUUGCUGUCGCGUUCAGUAUCAUGGGUUUGUUGCCGUCUAUUGCGUCGACGUUGGCGUUUUCCAUGCCUGCGGGCCCGGCGGACCUGGCAUCAGCAAUGCCCACGGCCGGUGGUCUUUAUUUCUGGACUCACUACUACAGCGCUGAGAAAUGGAAGAACCCGCUGAGCUUUGUGGUCGGGUAUAGCAAUACCAUUGGUUUGAUUGGUGGUCUUUGCUCUAUAGACUAUGGAUUCGCCAAUAUGCUCCUCUCUAUGAUCUCUAUUUCCCGCGACGGCAACUGGACAGCCACAAGGCCCAUCAUCUACGGCACCUACGCAGCCACGGUAUUCUCCCACGGCUUUCUCGCCACGUUUUUCGGAAGAAUUAUGCCAAAGAUCCAGUCGGCCUGCAUCUUUCUGAACAUCGGGCUCGUGGUUGCGUCGGCCAUUGCCCUCCCCGUCGGCAAAGCCAAGAACCAACCGCCUGUCAAUUCGGGCGCGUAUGUAUUCGGCCAUACCGAAAACCUCACUACAUGGCCGACGGGCUGGGCCUUUAUCAUGGCGUGGCUCUCGCCCAUCUGGACCAUUGGUGCAUUUGACUCGUGUGUCCAUAUGAGUGAGGAGGCCACCCAUGCUUCGCGCGCGGUGCCUCUCGGAAUUAUCUGGUCUACCGGCCUGUGUGGUAUUCUGGGUUUUUUGUCUGUGGUUACGAUUGCGACGUCCAUGAGUCAGAAUAUCGAGGGUAUUUUGAGUUCGAAGUUUGGGCAGCCUAUGGCUCAGAUCUACUUUGAUGCAUUGGGCAAGAAUGGAGCCCUCGGCUUCAUGGCUGUGGUAAUGAUCGUGCAAUACUUUAUGGGACUUAGCAUUGUCCUCGCCGCCUCUCGCCAAAGCUGGGCCUUCUCCCGCGACGGAGCGCUGCCAUUCUCAUCCUUCUUCCGCAAAGUCAGCCAGUCCCCAUUAAUGCAGUAUCAGCCUGUCCGGAUGGUUUGCGGCGUCUGUGGAAUGGCGGUACUCAUCGGCCUCCUCUCGCUCAUCGACAACGCCGCCGCCAAUGCCCUGUUCUCGCUCGCUGUCGCAGGCAACACUCUCGCCUGGCUAACGCCAAUUUUGGCGCGUCUACUGUGGGGACAGGAAAAGUUUGUCCCUGGGGAGUUCUACACGGGCAAGUAUCUUAGCAAGCCGAUUGCGGUGGUGGCGACCGUGUAUAUGACUUUUGUGAUUGUGCUUAGUAUGAUUCCUACCGAGGGACCGAACCCGUCACCGGAAAAUAUGAACUACACUGUUGUCAUCAAUGGAGCGCUUUGGGCCGGUGCUAUCAUUUACUAUGUUCUCCAUGCCAGGAAGACGUUCAAGGGGCCGCAGACAACCGUUGGACCGGAGGAUGUGGGUAAAACGGAGGCCGAGAUUUCUGAACAGCUCUCUUCCUACAUGUCUUCCUCAUUACUCUUCAACAACGAACAACCAACAGCCCAAGAUUUUGGCAACCCCUGUGUAGCCAAAAAUACAACAAACCCGCUCAACAUGACCGGAACCACUACCAACAUCAACCCUCUAAGUACUACAUCCUCAGAUCGUCGCAGCCGCUUUGGCCAGGCUUCGAUCCCUCCGGUGGCGCAGAACUUCAACAAUAAAGAUGUCUUACUAGACAGAAAGGUGGCACCGUCGCCACGAGCCGUAUGUGCCGACCUCGCGCAUCAGCACGCCUUUGAGGAUCUAGAGAAAAACUUACAACACUUGCCGGGAAAGAAGGAUCUAGCAGGAAGCCAUGACCUCCCUGCUACUAACGCUGAUCUUGCUCCGCAAUCUAGCCCGGAGGAGUAG